AUGUAUAACGUGUCUAACAUCCCCGGAGUGAGUCUCGAGUCCUCCUCGCCGCAGCACACAGACUCAAACCGUCAGCCAUUAGAGACUCGCAUGCGCCGGCGCAGUGAAAGUACUUUCGCGGGCUCGCUGCCCCGGUCGUCGACCUCGGAGCGGGACGGCGCUAUACGAACGAAAGAGACGGCCGUAGUUUUCUCAGGAAAGCCGUGA